UCACAGGCAGUGAAGGAUACUAUGCUGCCUUCAAAAGUUAAUCAGAUGAAGGUAUCUCAUGAGACAGGAAGUGAAGGUAAGCCUUGAUGCCUUCCUACCCUGGAAUGCGUCCUCCGAAGGCAGCAUUUUUCAAUUUUCGGAUGCAGCCAGAAAGUGUGCCAUUUGUGACGAUACUAACCUUCUAAAAUCCAUACAGUAGACGGCAGAGUGUAUAGUAUUAGUGUAUAGUAUGUCAUUUAGGACAGUCAUCUUUCCACACAGCUAAUUGUUUUAGUGAACAUUUAAAGUCUGUGAAAUUGUGUACGUUCAUUUCAUUUAUCCCACCUUCACAAUAAAAUGUCUCCAACACAUACUCCAGCAUAUAAGCUAAGUUAAUCAAUGCCACACCGUUUUCGCAUGUGAAUUUUAAGUCUGUAUCUCUGUGCGUCAUACAUGUUUAAUGAAUUAAUUAGCACCACGUAUCACUCCGCCUAACUGAUUAUCCAGCAAAGUCCUGCCCACACACCUCCCUCCUCCUGUUGAUGAUGUUCCUACGCCACACACUCUAACCAUUCAGUAGGUCGUGAGGUCUGGAGAGAGCUGAGACGAGAAACUGAGUUUCUUUAGGGGGGCGAAAAAAUCAAAGGCUGUGCGUUAACCUGUUUUCGGCGCUACUUGACACUUUCCUCUCUCAGGAACUUUGUCUUGUCAUUCUUUCUGAGGAGGAUAUAGUGCCUUUGGAAGGAGAGUAAAUCUGACACUUUCGCCGCCACAUGUGUGCGUGAACAAGCACAACUCUGGAUGAAAUGGGUCCGUUCGCAGCGCUGCUGUUGAUUUCACAUUACGCGGGACUUUUUCUUCAGCUGAACGCGACUGGGGAUGGGGAUGUGGAUGUAGAGGUGGACAACCAUGUCUCUGGUAACGCGCUUUUCACAGAAGUUCCCCAUGACAUCAUCAGUCAGACUGGUCAGGAUGUGGAGAUGGCCUGCUCCUUCAGGGGCGCAGGCUCUUCUUCAGUCUCAUUGGAGAUCCAGUGGUGGUAUCUGCGGUACCAUAGAGAAUGGUCUGAGAAACCUACCUGGACAGCCAAUCAGGUUGUUCCCAUUGAGGAAUUGAGGAGGGAUGCUACUAAAAUAAGUGUGGUGAAAGUGGCUGGCAGCAACAUCUCUCACCGGCUUCGCCUGUCAAACGUGAAACCUUCAGACGAAGGCAUGUAUGAGUGUAGAGUGAUCGACUUCAGCAACAACCGCAUACAACACCACAGAGUGCGAGCUUACUUGCAGGUACAGCCACCAGGCCCUGACUCACAGCUCCACCAAGAGGAAAUCCUGCACAGUGAAGAGAAGAAUCUUCACCAUGGAAAACAUCAUUUGCAAAAGGGGGAACAUCAGGUCAGAGCGAGAGAUAAGCACAACAGAGACCAAGAGCUGCAACAUGGAGACUAUAUGCUUCAUCAGAUUGAUCAUCACAAGAGUCAUCAUGGGCUUCAGGCAAAUGAAGGAGGGAAGAAGGACUCAUCUACUCUACAUCACGGAGAUCAUAUCCUAAGGGAGCAUCAACAUCACCAUGAAGGGAAAAACCAUCAGGUGAACAAACACAUACAGGCAAGCAAGAAGAGGGAAACAAAAAGUCACCAAUCAGAUGUGAAAGGGCAUAAAGAACAUGCUGCAGAAUUACAUUCCAAUGACUGUUCCACCAAUGACUGUGUGCUGUAGAGCAGUGCAGAGAAAAACAGGCAUACAAAAAGAGAAAAUAUGAAAAAGACUUUUCUAUUUGUUGCGAGAGACUGAGCAACUAGGUAGAACAGGAUGAAGGGAAAGUCAGUGAAAGGUGUGCAUGUAAAAGAAUCAUCAUAAGAAUGUUCAUUAAUUUCAAAGAGAAAUGUUGGAGUUUAUUUUGUACCAAAAGUGUUAAAACAGCAGAAAUUAUCUGCAAGAAAAACAUUAACUAUUAAAAUACAAACAAUAAGAAUACAAUAAGACUAAAUUACUAAAAUAAGAUUAAUUUAAUUACAGUGUUUCAAAAGUUUUUUCAUGGGGGGUUGUAGAAGAAGGAAAAAGGUUUAAGUACUUCUUAGCCAACUAGAAUUUACUAGAGUGAUCUGGCAAAAUAUUUAAGAAGCACCAAUUAAUCAUUAAUCAUCAAUUAUCAGUUACUUUUGCAGUAGCCUAUAUAGAAAAAAGACAUAAGUAUAUGCUUUUGAAUUCUUUAUUCUGACUGGUCAGAAGGUGUUCAGGAAUAACACACUACAGAUUAUUAUGUGAAAAUAAUACACGCUGGGGUGGUGUCAUGCAAGUGGAUUACUGAAGUGAAUUAUUUUCAUAUAUUAAAGCACUGUGUGUGUGUGUGUGUGCGUGUGUGUGUGUGUGUGUGUGUGUGUGUGUGUGUGUGUAUCCACUUAUAACACAGCAGUUUGCCAGCAAUUACUAAUUUAUUUUAUUUAUUAAUUUAAAGUAUUAAUAAACAGUGUAAUUUAUUAAUGAACAACACAUUGCAGUUUUUAAUGGCUUAUAGUUAGAUUAAUGUUGUGGAACGUCCAUGAGACAAGUUAGUUCCUAAACCCAUUGUUCAUGUUAGAGCUGG